AUAACUGAUUAAGAGAGUCGCUCUCUCUCUUCUCCCGAGAGAGUGAAGAUAACAAUAGCGUUGGCAGCAGCAAUAAUUAGGCAUUUUCGAACUAAACUUCAGUUCACUUUCAAUAAGCAAUUAAGUGCGAGAGAGCGAGCGAGAGAGAGAGAGAGAGAGAGAGAGAGAGAGAGGUAGCGAGAUAGCGCGAUGCCGCAGCGUUCGCCGUUUGCUAUACAAGAGCUGCUCGGCUUGGCCGUUGUGGCAGCAACAUCAGCAGCAGCAACUACAACAACAGCGACAACUCACCGGCAACAACAACAACAACAACAAGAGCAACAACAACAACAACUAACAAUGGCUGCUGCCUCGAGAAUGGCGUACUUUAAUGCACAUGCAGCGGUUGCCGCUGCCUUUAUGCCCCAUCAGCUGGCUGCUGCAGUGCAUCAUCAUCAUCAUCAUCCGCAUCCACAUUCACAUCCACAUCCGCAUUCGCAUUCGCAUCACCCUCAUCCGCACCACCAUCAACAUCCGCAUUCGCAUCCGCAUCCGCAUUCGCAUCAUACGCAACAACAGCAACAACAACAACAGCAGCCACCGCCGCCGUCAGCCAUGCAAAUGCCACCGCAUCACCCGCUGCUGCAUGCAGCACAAGGAUUUCCACAGCUGAAGAACUUUGCUGGCACUGGAACAUGUUUACCUGGCUCACUGGCUGCCAAGGACUUUGGCAUGGAUGGCUUGAACGGUUUUGGUGUUGGCGCUGGUGUUAGCCCAAAUAGCAAGAAGAAGAAAAAGAAGCGUCGCCACAGCCGCACAAUCUUUACCAGCUACCAGCUGGAGAAGCUGGAGGAAGCCUUCAAAGAGGCGCAUUAUCCCGAUGUCUAUGCUCGCGAGAUGCUGUCACUGAAAACGGAACUGCCCGAGGAUCGCAUACAGGUGUGGUUCCAGAAUCGCCGGGCCAAAUGGCGCAAGACUGAAAAAGUCUGGGGCGGCAGCACCAUAAUGGCCGAAUACGGUCUGUAUGGGGCGAUGGUGAGGCACUCGUUGCCCCUACCGGAGACCAUACUCAAAUCGGCAAAGGACAACGAUGCGGUGGCGCCCUGGCUACUAGGCAUGCAUCGCAAGUCAAUUGAAGCUCAGUCAACGCUGAAGGACGACUCUGGCGUCAGCGAUCACGAGGAUUCAGCCGGCUCCAAGUCGGUGCACUCGGAUGAGCUGCGCUCGCAUUCGCGCGCCUUAAGCUCCUCUACGGAAUCACUUAAUGUGGUCAGUCCGGCGCCGAGUAGCUGUCCGACAAGCGCCUCGACAGCGCCACCAACUUCGACGACGCCGCAUGGCAGCAGCGGCUAUGCGGCUGCCUCAUCGGCGGCAACGACGCCUACCGGUGCCACCACCAACAGCUCCAACUCGCCCCACAUUGAGCUUAGCUCGCCAUCGCCCCAGCAGCAGACGCAGUUGCUCCAGCACCAGCAGCAGCAGCAGCACCAGCAGCAACACCAACAGCAACACCAGCAGCAGCAGCAGCAGCCACCAGUUCAGCUUUAUGCAACUGCCACACCCAGCUAUCAUCCGCUGUUGGAUGCGGCGAAUGCGGCGGGUGCUGGGGCUGCCGCCUCCAGCAAGGACUUUCAUCUGAUUAUGAAUACAGCGGUAGCUGCUGCCGCAGCGGCCGCUCAGCAGCAACAGCAGCAACAAUUAUCGCCCGCAGCCCUGCCGCAUUCGGCGCUGCAUGCUCAUCAUUUAUCUGCCGCUGCGGCAGCAGCAGCGCUAAUGGAACACGAUCCAGAUGCGUUUAGAAACAACUCGAUUGCCUGCCUGCGGGCCAAAGCGCAGGAGCAUCAGGCGCGUCUUCUGAAUAACGGCGGACUCUUUCUGCAGGUGCGCAGCUUUGCGGCUCAGGCUCAGGCGCAGGCGCAGGCUCAGGCUCAGGCUCAGGCCGAUAUGCUCAAGAGCGAGGAGCGGAACAAUAACCAAAUGAUGCACGUGCAGCAACAACAAAAAACCGUGGCAGCUGGGCUGCCCAUCAAAAUGGAGUUAACCUCCAGUGGCGGCAGUCACGCCUCCAGCGAUGACGUGUGACGUCAUACGUUGGCGCUGCCAGACAGUUUCCACGCAGGUUUCCGCUAAGGAUCUGCACGAAGACGUAUUUUAGCUGUAGAGAAACACACAUAAAAAAGUAAAUAAAAAAA